GAAAAACGCAAGUUGCCGUUGCUGCAACCUGUUCGCCUCUCCGUCCACCUGUAGAGUAGUAGAACACAACGCGCUUACAUUGUGCAGUUUUUCCUUAAUAUCGAUUGGAUUACAAUAACUCGUCACCAGCUCUGAUGGCUAUACUUCACUGAAAGUGUUUGGAGAAACGCCUGUAUGGAAUUCCCAUCAGCAAAUGGUUCUAGAAUUUUGUUCAUUUUCUUCUGCUUUGUUACCUGUUGCACGAUUAAAGUACAAAGUGCUCCCACUCUAGAAGCUACACCCCUAGAGCCCCUGCUGGCAGUGGCUGGGGAUGCUGUACUAAUUGAUUGCGUUGUAAAAAAUCUACAAAAUUACACGAUAAUAUGGCGGAGAGUAGUACCAGGUUCCAACAAAACAGAAAUUUUAAGCGCCGGAGAAGUUCGAAUUAUCCCAGAUAACAGAUUCUCAUUGCUGCAUCAGAAAGGUCACGAAACAUGGGUGCUUCAGAUACAAAAAGCCCAGGUAAAUGACUCAGGAAGAUAUAUCUGUGAAGUCAACACAAACCCUCGCAUGCAGAUUUUUAGGCUCCUGACAGUGGUUGAACGGAGUAGACCUAAUAGCAGAAUUAUUUCUAUGGACCACAAUUAUACAGCUUGUUGUGUGAAUCAUAAUGUGCCACGUUCCUGUCAGGAUUUCUGCAAUUUACAGUCUGUGAUAAUGGGAGGUCAUCCCAAUCCAUGGCAGUGCAUGGAUCACUUGCCAGUCAUAACCAGAUGUCUCACAGAUGGUCGAAAUCAUAUGCCAUGCUGCAUCAGGCAACAAAUUCCGGAAGUGUGCAGAUCUGUAUGCACUGGAGAUUACGGUUUGACAACUGUCCUCCAGCACUAUUCCUGCAUGGAUCACACGAUACCUACCUUAUCCUGCAUAGCUGAUGGAAUAGUGCUCUUACCUGGCCCUCCUCGUGAAAUAUCCGUAGAAGCACUUUCCGAUAGCGAAUUGAAAAUCAAAUGGAUGCCACCAAGUCAACAGAUUCCAGUCGAGAAAUACCAUAUCAAUAUCACUUUAAUCAAAGAACUCAGUGAUUUACAAGAAUUGGAAUCAGGAACGACUGAUCAAAAGAAAUUUAACAAGAUGCCUGAAAUGAAGAAAGGAAGUUCUGUUAAAUCCUUCAUGACCGUUUUGGUAGACGGCAAUAAAACGAGCUACGUCGCCAGCGGCCUGCAACCAGUGACAAUGUACGAGGUCCAGAUUACGUCUCAGAAUGAGCAAGGGAGCAGCCUGCCCUCAUACGCGGCCAGGGCACUGACUCUGGCGACGGGGGAUGUGGGAGCGAAAGCACCUGCCAACAAGUCGGACGUCUACUUCGCCCAUCUGCCCAACAUCACCAAAUGCUGCGAAGAGAAGGGCGUGCCGGAAGGGAAGUGCCUCCGGAGCCUGUGUGAUCCGGCGGAUGAUGAGGAUGCUAAGUUAUCAGAUGUGCUGAUGUGUGCUCCCUACGUCAACAUCACAUUCGAUUGUAUGGCUGGUGGGGCGGAUCACAGUCAGUGCUGUCACCAAAGAGGACUGCCUGAUAUUUGUCUGGAUUUCUGUCGCGGGAAUGUCACACAACUGGACUAUCGCCAUUUUGUUUGUCUGGAUCACAUAGAUAUAUACGGUAACUGCUUGCUGGAGUACUACAAAGUGUUGCCAGGACCGCCGGAGCAGUUCCUUGUUACCAGCGUGCAUUCCAACUGGGCAAUACUAAAAUGGCAGCCGCCAAGUUUUCUUCCAGAAACCGUUCUCAGUUACACCCUUUAUUGGAAAGAAGUCGUGAUGGAUGAGAUCACUGAAUAUAAUGUUGUGAAUGACAUCAAAUCACCUUACUUACUGGACAAUUUGAACCCAAAAACUAGGUAUGAAGUCUACGUAGCAGCGAAAAAUUCAUUUGGUUUGAGCAGAGGCUCUGUGCGAGCAGUUUUCACCACACCUCCUGAAACAGUAUCUACGGAAACUGCUGUAGGUCCACCGAGAGCCUACAACGAAACUGCAUGCUGCGUAUCAGCUGGUCUCAAGAAAGGGUGUCUUGAUCUUUGUACUUAUGAUAUGAAGAUGUCCGAUCUGCAGAUGUUCGCCAUCGCGUGUGCAGACCAGCUCGAAAUACUUGUUCGAUGUGGUGCAGGCGGACGUGACCACGCUCCUUGCUGCAAAAGGCGAGGCAUUCGAAACGAGUGUCUGCCCAUCUGUUCUGCUGUCUUUGAGAUGCCACCUCAAGCCAUUGUCAGCACCUGUAUUGGAGACGCAGGAAGGAUCAUACAGUGCAUGUCUGAUGGAGUCGGAUCGUUACCUACAGCUCCUGAAGGUUUGCAUACGGACAGUGUUUUACCCACAAGAAUCCAUCUCAAGUGGCAACAUCAUGCGACAUCAGACGAUCCCAUUUGGUUCGAAAUACGAUAUAUGGAGACUGAAGAAAAGGCUACCCUCUAUCCUUUGGAUUAUUCAUUUAGUGUAAAUACCACUGAAACUUCUUUUGCCUUAAAAGAUUUGAAAAACGGUACGUACUAUAGCAUCUACGUAGUCGCUGCAAAUAAUCAUGGGAAUUCUCUUCCAUCAUUGGUGCUGCUAGUGUACACGCCUGAAAGAGAUGAGAUAUACAAUGAGACAAUUGAAGCAACACUGAGUCCGCCGCACUCUUUAGAAGUGACGCAUCAGACAAUGGACAGCGUUUCACUUAGUUGGCGCUCUCCUUUCCACGUUCCGUCCAAAUCGACUCUGAGUUACAUCAUACUUUAUCAACCUGCCAACUCAACCAAGGACAUUGAAGAUACUCCUCUUAGGUUAGCCACGAUAUACAACUACAUCACUCUAGACAAUCUUACAGUGAACACUCAGUACGCCAUAGCCGUCAGGGCUCGAACUUCGAAAAAAGAAAGCCCACUUUCCGAGAUAGUGCUAGCAUGGACUGAUCCAGCAAUUCCAGCGUUCCUAAACCCACCUGUUGUUGUACCUCCUGAACCCAUCGUCGAGGGUGCUAACAUUACAUUGUUGUGCGUGGCAACAGGGAUGCCAGUUCCUGUUGUGUCUUUAUUUCUCAAUGGCCAGCUGAUAGUUCAACAACAGCAAAGUCAUGUAGCUCUUGUUGUGCCUCAUAUUCAACGAAAUGUCACCAAAGUGGAUUGUUUCGCCGAUAAUGGUUUAGGACAAGGGGCACAAAGUUCUACUUCUUUAGAAGUCAAUUUUCCAGCCCACGUUGAAGCGCUGGAUAAACGAAUUCCUGCUGAAGAGGACAGCGUUGCCACCGUACGAUGUCGCGUUUCAGGACAUCCCGAACCUCGAGUUUUGUGGUACCGAGAUCGGAAACUGAAAGAACCAAUCACUCGAGGGGAGGACUUCGACCUCAGCAUGAAACCUUACAAAGAGAAGCUGUACACAUACAUUGCAACGCUUACUAUAACUCAGGUUACGACUGUUCAUGAGGGCCAGUACUUUUGCUACGCAGAAAACCAAUAUGGCAAAGAUACAGUAUUCGUAAACCUUGAUGUGUUGCCAAAGUUGUACACUAAUGCAUCUGCUUGUUGUGAAGAAAAGAAAGUAAGCGACGAAUGCCAAGAAGCUUGCAAUAUAGAUAUUGAUAUCCAAAUGGCUUUGAAUAAACCCAAGUGUUUUAAAGACUUGGAUAAACUGAUGUACUGUGCAGCAGAUGGUAGUGAUCAUCGAAAAUGCUGCAGAGAUAAAGGAAUUCAACGCAGCUGCCUCAGAUGGUGCCAAGGAAGACCCAUAAUCAACACACAUCUCUGCAUCCUCCAUGCUUCCAAAAUAGUCAGCUGUUUUGAAGAAGGAAAAGCCGUCUUACCAGGGCCACCUCAGAAUAUCCAGUACCAUAAAAUCGGCAACAACGAUCUGGAGAUCACGUGGGAUAUUCCUCAAAAGAACCCUAAAGUUGUACAGUGGUAUAAAAUAUUUUGGAGACCUGUAGGUUCUCGUCUCAUGUACAGAAAUAACACAAAGCAACGUUCGAUUUCAUUGCAUGGAUUGGAACCUGGAACAACAUAUGAAGUUGUUGUGAAAGCCGGUAAUCAUUAUGGAAUCAGUCUUCAUUCUGAACCUCUACAAUUUACUGUAACAGAUAUAGAUGGAAUGAACAACUACAUCGCAGAAUCAGCAAGCUACGAGAGCAGUCCAAUUGCGAAAACAACAGCAGGUGUGAUUGGUACAGCGCUGUUUUUAGUGUUGGUGGGUGGACUAGGCAUUUUCUUUUACCAAAGAUCCCGAUUGAUGAAGCUACCACCAGGAAUAACGCCUGGAGUUUCUUUCGAAAACCCUACUUACAUGAGAGAUAACCUGCCACAGCAAAACUCCACGCCUGCAGCUCAAACAGAACAAUCAAAUGGUGAUGCAAAAAGAGAAACCUCAGCAUGAAUGUAGUCAAGCAAGCCAUUAUGCCAUGUACAGUAUCAACUGCAACUUUGCCAUUAUUUUCUGUGUGAGGAAAUGAACUCUUUCUUCUAAUAAUAAAACAUAGAAAUACAGUAAAAUCAGCUGAAAUGCAACAACAAAAAAAACUGUGUUAAUAUUUGAGGAAUUCAGCUGCCAAAACAAAGACAAACUGGUGAAGAUGAUCUCUUUAAAGAAGUUACUGGGCAUGGACACUAAAGUCGUAAUUUUUACUGUUAAAUGGUUAGAAAUAUACUUACGGAAAAACUGUACAAUAGAAUGGCAUACAUGUCAAAAGAGAAUUUUAAAAACUGAAUUUGAGGAAUAUUUAAAAAGUGGAACUAAUUGGGUGAAAAUGUAAUUGACUCUAUACCAAUCAUUGAACAAAAAUUUAUGAAUUUUAAACACGAUUUUAAAUGUAAUAAAUAUGUCUCUAAAGCAUUCCAUUGUAUCAAUCAAUUUCUGGGGAAAUUUUUACUAUCUGAUGGAUUAGCUUGAUUUCAACAGAAUAAAUCUUUGGUAAGGUGAGAAAUAUUUCAAGAAAUUCCAGAAAUAUAAAUAUAUGUCUGUAUACUUAAUUAUAUAUAUGAAUACCGAAAUAAAAUGGAAUUGGAAGGGGUAAAUUAGAACUAAAUUAAAACUGUCACAAGAUCACUGCUAAAAUUAAGGUGUCGUUAAGCCUACUUUACAACCAAAAUAUUUUCACAACAUUUAAAAAAUUAAAAUUCAAAACUGAUUCCCGUAAUUUUGGAUCUCAUGGACUCUUCCCAAUUGAUGGCGAACGCAAACCGUUAUUGAAGUUAAGAUUUUAAUACAAUUUUAAAUAAAAAAGUGAUAAGUAGUUGUCAAAUGUUGCACAACAGCUAAAAUUUGUAGAAUUUUUUUCCCCCCCCGACACAGUGAAUUUUGUCUUUGCUAAAUAUCAUUUUCCUUCUAUGCUUACAAUAAAAUAUUUUAAAUAUAUACUUCGUGUUAUCUAGCAGAAAAGUAUUAUUUCUAUUUAAUAGAACUAAAUAAAACUUUGACUUAAAAUAUGGCAUCCAGAUUCUUUAUUUAGAUGGCUAGAAAACAUACCAUCAUGCCUCGAUAAAAAUUAUUUCUAGUACAGCUCAAAAUAUUCUACUUUUAUUCAAGAUUAAUCUUGUAAAAUAAACAAUAAGCUUAUGUUCAAAAAUAUUUUUAAAAAAAUCUUAAAAGUACCAAAAGAAACCCAAAUUUUUGAUGAAAACAUUAUUUCAGAUAAGUUAAUUAUCUGCAAAUGCAUUUACAUUGUCUGACCACUAAUGUGAUGGAAAAAACUAAACAUCAAUGUUACAGGUGGAAAUGGAUGAAUAUUUAGUUUGCAGGGAUGCCAACUUUUGCAGAUGUUUGCUAAAUUAAGCAGAUUCAUUGAAAAGAACAAAACACGUGCAUCAAUCACUUUCCUCUUCCUUCAGAUAGCUGGAUGUUUGUCAAUUCCAAAGCAACUGUGGAGAGACAGUUUACUAUAUUCUUUAACAUUUGUGCAUCUGUCUUACUUAAUGUUAUCUUAUGAUAUUCUAUAAUAAUUGAGGCAUAUAUUAUGCUUUAUUGAAACAAAACUCAAGAAUUUUUUUGCUGUUAAAAUAUACUUCUUUAAAAUAUGAGCAAAAUCAAAUUCUAUUUGGUGAGCAAAAGGGGUAAAGGAAAGAAUUCUUUAGUCACCAAUGGUCAGUAGUGAUAAUUUCACUAGUAGCCCUUUUUACACAAUAAUUUGUUAAUAUAGCUAAGUAUGUAAAUUAAUGUAAGUAGUAUAUUUCAAGUACAUGAAGGCUGCAUCUUGAUUUUGGUGGAAAAAGAUUACUUAAUUCCUUUUGCACACUUGAAGGUUGUCAAUUCUGUUUUUGAUUUUCAUUUAGUCCCCUUGUGACCAGUGGCAACUGCUAAUUUUGUCCUUUAUGACACACAAUCAAACCUGAAAAUGCAGGUUUCAAGUGCAGUGGCGUAUUUACUUGGUCCUAAUUGCGAGAGGCUCCCAGGAUCAUAGGCGCCCAGAAGAAAGUACAAAAAUGUCUGAUAGAUAUUUAACACAGGCAUGUGAUAGACAUUCGGUCACCUAAAGUGCAUUGCGAUUGGCCCCUAAGCAUGUAAAUCCACCACUGUUCCAAGAGAAUUUGUGAGCCAUUUGAAAUCAUAAAAAUAAAAACAAUCAUGAUAAUACAAAAAACAUUCCAGUGAAAAACCAAUUUUAUUAGACUUAGGCUAUGAAGAAAUUAAUCCAGAAUUUGAUUUCCAAAAUGUAUCACAAAACAGUUCAAACUUAUUACUAAAAUACAGUGUUUUUAUAAAAGCAACAAAUAAAAAUGUAAAUUAAACAAGACAAUUAAUACAGGACUUUCAUAAUUAAACAACCCAACUUAAAAGUUGUCUAGCGGGAAACUAUUGCUCAAAAAUUAACAAAAUUUUGUGUACAACAUAUUGAAGGAUGGGACUUUGUUUGAUCAAAUAAAAAAAUAGUUCAGAACAUAGUCAACAUUUGAGGCGGAUUUUUACGAGUUACAUUUAUUAUGCAUAUGUUACAAUGUAUGUUUACGAUGGUUUUAAAACAAAUCUUACAUCAAAACAUGUUCAACAUGAUGGCUAUCAUUUUCGUCUACCUCCUGAAAACAUGAGAUAGCAUGUUUUACAGGAUACAGUAAUAUGCUCUGAGAAAUGCUAAGAGCAUGUCAUGAUAUACCGUAUUUAAGAUCAGGUAACAAUCGAGGAUUAUCACGAUCUUCAAGAUGUUUCAAACGCCUAAAAAGCUAAAAGUCACACGGGCCGAGGUUUGACGAUCGGGAAGUAAUGUUAAAAACACCCUUUGGCAGCGAAAUUUUUAGCCUUUCUUUUUCUUCAUUCAAACCAAGUCCCAUCCCUUCAUUACACUGUACAUAAAAUUUUGUUAAUUUCUGAGCAAUUGUUUCACCACUAGACAGCUCUAAAGCAUGGUCGUUUCCCUGUGGACACCCUGUACAUGUGACAGAAAAUCUUGAGGAAAAAAAUCUAGUCAUUGAAUAGUGUAUGUAACAAAUUCAAAAUCCUUUGACAAAUUUACAGUAUAUAUGAUAUUAUUCACUUUGUACAUUUCUAUUUGACUAUGUUUGCAAAUACAGUUUAAUUUUGUAACAUAAUUCGUUCCAGUGUCUUGCUAGAAACUAAUGUUCAAUUUGUUGAAAAUCUCUACAAAAAUGUGUAUACUCAACUGUAAAUAAAUAUAUUUUAUUCCUAAUAUA